ACUUUCCUUUUUAUUUAUUUAUUUUUUCAAAUUGCAGUUCAAGGUGUCGCAGUAAUCCCUCCACGUCGGCAGAUGGCGCUGCUAAUCUAAGCUGGGACUUAAAGCGACAAAGUAGUCUCCGUGUCUAACACCCGCAAGCACCACAACAGCGGCCUUAAAUGGCGAAUUAAAUAACAAAAGAUACAUUAAAGUCAAGUUGUUUGAAAUGGAUAAGAGCGAAGAUGAGAUGGAAGAGGAUGAAGCCGAGUGGAAGAACAGUUUCGUGGAUUCAGUCCCAUUCAGCAGCCCCGCUACUGCUUCUGUUUCAGGUCCGAGCCACAGUAAGACAUCAGUUCCAACACCUGCACACAGAGUCAUACUGCACUUCGACCUUGACUGCUUCUAUGCUCAGGUGGAAAUGUUGAGAAACCCAGCACUGAGAGAAGUACCUUUAGGUAUUCAGCAGAAAUACAUCAUAGUCACCUGUAACUAUGUGGCAAGGGAGCUGGGUGUCACCAAGCUGAUGUCUGUUGCAAGUGCGAAGGAGAAAUGUCCUCAGCUGGUGCUGGUCAAAGGAGAAGACCUGACACAUUACAGAGAAAUGUCCUAUAAAGUGACAGAGCUGCUGAUGUCCUAUUGUCCACUGGUAGAGAGGCUGGGAUUUGAUGAAAACUUCAUGGACGUCACAAAGAUGGUAGAAGCAAGGCUAGAGGAGACCCAAGUGUCUAAUAACUUCUCAUUUAAAGGCCACGUCUACAACCAUUUCAGUGCAGACGUUGAAGCCAGUGACCAUCCAAGUUUGGCUUUAGGUUCACACAUUGCAGCUGAGCUUAGAGAAGCCAUCCACAGCAAACUGGGUCUGACAGGUUGUGCUGGCAUCGCCACAAACAAGCUACUGGCCAAACUGGUGUCCGGCUCCUACAAACCCAAUCAACAAACCACACUGCUGCCGGAGAACGUCAGCGACAUCAUGGGCUGCCUGGGUAGUCUCCGUAAAGUACCAGGGGUGGGCCACCAAACAGCUAAGAGACUUCAAGCCCUGGGAUUGGCCAGCGUGAAAGACCUACAGCUCUUUCCAUUGAAUGACUUGGUGAGAGAGUUUGGAGGUCCCACUGCUCAGCGCUUGAGGAAUCUGGCCCUCGGUGUUGAUGACACACCCGUCACACCUACAGGGGCUCCCCAGUCUCUCAGUGACGAAGACUCCUUCAAGAAAAUCUCAUCCACUAAAGAUGUUUUAGAUAAGAUUCAAGAACUCCUGAGCAGUCUUGUGGAGAGGAUGCACAAAGAUGGCAGGCAGCCUCAAACCUUCCGACUUACUAUCCGUAGAUACUCGGCAACCAACAAGUGGUUCAGUCGGGAGAGUCGUCAGUCUCCAAUUCCCAACCACAUAGGACACAAGAUCACCUCUGGCAGCACCGAUGAUGCUGUGAUUCAGCUGGCCACAUUGGCGAUGAAACUCUUCCACAAGAUGGUGGACAGCAGUGCAGCCUUCCACCUCACCCUCAUUAAUGUUUGCUUCAGUAACCUGCAGACGAGGGGAGCUGCCACCAGCGGAAAGGGCUCCAUCACAUCUUUCUUCACUCACAGCUCGUCUCCCAGAAAAACACAGAUCUUCUCAACUCAAAGCCAGGAUGGUUCCUCUCAGAGUGGGGAUAUUCACUUAAUGGAGCAUCAGUCCAGUGCACACAGUGUGAGUACUCAAAAUACCACACAAAAGACGUCAGCCACAAGAAGCCCUUGUAGCUCUGAGGCAGCAUUACAUGGGUUCAAAAUAGAACAAAGCCCUGAUGUUGCUGGAGAGGACCCUCCGCUUCACGAAGUAUCCUGCCCUUCAGCGAGGUCAGACUUUGAUGAAACAAAUAAAACAGGGACUCAUCGUUUGCCCCCAGAUGUUGACCCGGAGGUAUUCAGGCUUCUCCCUGAGGAAAUCCAGAAGGAGCUGUUAUCUCCUGCAUAUUCAAACUCUCUCCCCAGCUCUUCAAUGAGCUCAGGAAAAGCUGUUGAUAUCCCCAACAUAACAGAAAACAAGUCUUCAUAUUCAUUAACAGACUCACCAAAUAUUAAAGACAUGAAAGAGCCUGUGAACAAAUUGGAUCCAUCUGACAGGCCGACCAUAGCUAAUAACCACUGUCAUGCAUAUGUAAGUGUAUUUCCAGGAGAAAACGUCAUAGGAGAAGAGAGACUGUCAUCCCACCAGUCUUCUGACUGCGAGUUCCCGGGAAGUGUGGACCCUAAGGUGUUUUCUGAGCUUCCACCAGAUGUGCAAAGGGAGCUGAUGAUGGAAUGGAAGCAACAAAAGACGGUCCUUAAGACCUCAUUCAGGAAACAAGGGAAAGGCUCGAUGACCAAAGACAGAAAGGCUGCAGGAAAAGGCAGUCAGGCAAACAAUUUGUUUAAGUAUUUCAAACCUGCUUAGAGAGACAAUUUAUUUUGUUGAGUUCUUUUGUCUAAAAGCAUCUAUUUCUUAUUGUGGAGUUGUUGUCAUUUGAUGCAGGAAAUUAAGUUUGGUGAGGCUUUUUUCUUUUAACAAAGUUAAGAAGGCAGCUACACAAAUACGGAGGACCACAGGUGUUGUAACAUGUUUGUAAAGUGUCAUAUUAAUUUAUUUCAAAUUGAACCAUAAAAACUGGAUUUAAUAAAAGAUUUUAUAAAAACAUAAAGUGAUCCUUAAAUACAUUCACUAAAUUAUUAGGUUAUUUAUCAGUGAUGUAUGGACAUUUGAUGAAAGGUAUAUUGAUGGGAUGAUCUAUUCUUUAGCAAAUUAAGUAACACUUUAUAUUAACUAAUUAACACGUGGUGAAUUUUAGAUAAUAAAACGUAAUUGUUGUUUUGCUGUUAACAAACAUUGAAAUGCUAUAUUAAGCAAUAUUCUAUUGUAAAGUUGCACCCAAUUUGAAUAAUGCUUUGCAAGUACACAAAUACUGUCAUUUAUUUAUAAAUAUCAGAUGGCCAUUAUAAAAUUGUAACUUGUUUUUAUAAAGCAUUUCAUAAUUUGUUAGCAGUGAAGUAACUAUUAACUAGAAAAUAUGCUGUUACUUUAUGAUGGUUUAUAACAAAAUGUGACUACAAAUUAUGUUAAUUAAUAAUUGAAGCAUUCAUUAAUUAAUUUGUAAAAUCUUUUAUUGAGUCUUGUUACUGUCUAAUUAGAUAUGAAUAAAUUGAAUGCUUUAUAACUAUUUUCCUGAUAUCUGUGGUCCAUAUACAAUUGUCUAUACCUGUUCACACUAUGGGUCAAUAGAAGUUUUAUCAAGGCACCAAAGUAUUAUUUACAGAAACUUGCUGAUUUCUGAUUCCUCACUCGCAAACAGAAAAACAUGUGCCUUAACAUCAAGAAAAUUAAUUCAUUUCCAAGCUUUCAGCGCUUCCUAGCCAAGGUAGAACAAUAUAGAAGGUGGACAUUUUCUACCAUCUCUAAAAAAAAAUUCAUGUUCAGACACCAACUUUGAGUUGUAUAAACAGGCAACAAAAACAGAAAGCAUUGAUAAUUAUGUGUUAAUGAAGUCUUUUUGGGUUUUUUUGUCCAUGCCUCUAUUUCAGUGUUGAUAUGUAAAUAUGUUGCCUUCUUGAAAUACGCUUAUGUUGUUUAUAAAAGUAAAUUCUGAUUUCAAAGUAC